AAGUUAAGGCAGUUAAAGCUCGCUUGGUCUGUAGAACGCACGUCGUUACGCCCAGUUCGUGUUUCCGAACAUACUCGAGUCGCGCGUUCGAAAUUCAAAUUUUGUGUUAUGAAUGUAAUUUUUAUUCUAUUCCACGUGUGAAAUCUGUUUUCAAGUUAUUGUUGUAUUAAAAUAAAUUUUACGUUUAUGAUGGUAUAAAUAAUAAAAAAAAAGGAUAGUGACAAUAUAAUCUUCAUGGUGUUGUAACAGGAAAAUAAAUUAACACUACGCUCGAACACUUCUCUCGCGUGUACUGAGACUUGUAUUGAAUGCCUACAUAUGGCGAGCGGUGUGAGCUACGGGGUCUCUCAACUAGUACUAGAUGAGACUCGGUGCGCUCUCGUUGACCAAUGAGAACGGCGCACGGGAGCAUGGAUGGGCCGUAGGAUGCGCGUCACUCCGGCGCUUUACCUAUUGCUGCUGAUCUAUACACGUGUCUACACAUUCAUACCUGGCGUUGACGGGCCAGUAUCCCAACAAGAGGCCUUGGACGGCGGCAACACUACCUUACACUGUAACUCGUCGGCCGACACUUCUGAUGAACAAUUUACGUUGCUCGUAUGGUACAAGGACAACGUACCUAUUUUUAGUUUCGACACACGUGUAGAAAUCGAAUGGUCGAACGAGGGCUUCAACAGAAGCGGCCGAAUAAGAGCGGACGUAGUAAGCCAACCCACGGCCCUUACAAUAUCAGCCCUCACGGAGGACGACGAAGACUUGUACCACUGUCGCGUUGACUUCCUCAACUCACAAACUAGGAACAUUGGAGUCAAUUUGACUAUUACAGUGCUCCCAAGUAAGCCGUUUUUCUUGGACGAAGUGGGCAAUAAAGUGGAGGACAGAAUUGGCCCUUACCACGAAGAGGACACUUUAGUGCUCAGCUGUCUCGUCAUAGGAGGCCGUCCACCACCUCAUAUCAGCUGGUACUCUGGCAGCACCCUAGUGGACGCUUCUGACGGUGCAAGCGACAUUCCCAGUGUGAAAGAGAACGUGCUAUAUCUACCUCUCAAUCGAGACACGCCAGCAGAGCUCUACUGCAAAGCUUCCAACACUGAUCUGGCACCACCGUUAGAGGCCUCUGUACAUAUUGAGAUAUAUGUUUCAGUACAAAACGUGUCAAUCCAGUGGGUGGAAGGUGUGAUAGGACACACGCUCCGGUCCGGUAGACCAGCUGUUGCACAGUGCACCGUCCACGGGUCCUACCCGCAGCCCAUCUUGGAGUGGUGGUUGGACCGCCAACACCUCACCAAACAUAGUAAUCAGAGUUGGAACAACUUGACACGUACUUCGAUAUCUUACCUGGAGCUGAUCCCGUCUGUGGCGGAGAAUGGUGCGACCCUUGCAUGCGUAGCCACCAACACUGCGAUGGCGCCAAGCCGGGGCUCCAAAGCUGACGUCAUCAAACUUAAUGUUACCUAUAGCCCCAUAGUAGAAAUUGCCAAAUUAGGAGAUGGGGACCUAAGUGAUGUAGCUGAAUUGGAUCCAUUGCAUUUAGAAUGCGAAGUCCAAGCAAACCCACCCGUAAAUAAAUUUAUAUGGUAUCAUAAUGAUAGUGAAAUUGUUCCCGGAUAUAUAUGGGGUAGUAAUGUCUACUCUCACAAAUUGCUGGUGGAGGAGGCGUCCCGAAGGCACUCCGGGGUGUACUCUUGCGCUGCUAGCAACAACGUGGGCGAGACCAGGGCUGAACCGCUCACCAUCACCGUUUACUAUCCGCCAGAAUGUAUAGGACCAGGCAUUAGUCUCGUCAAAGAAACUAUAAAAUGCAACGUUCAUGGUCUACCUUCCCCGGAUACAUACUUCUGGCACGUGCAACCGGCCGGCUUGGAUGUACAGCAUUUGACCACCGGGUCACCUAUACUGCCUCUAUCCCAGAUCAAUGAACCACUCUCUGGGACAAUGAAAGCGAGUUGCGAGGCCGGUAACGGUAUAGCGUCUCAAUACGAGGUCUGCGAAAGGAUCUUCAGUCUGGAGUCACUUCGGCCUCCGCAGCCCAACCAGUGUGACUUAGCUUUUGAAUAUGGAGAAUUCCAAAUGAGGUGCAUACCUGUGGAAAACGCAACGUACUACGAGAUAUCAGUAUGGCGCAUGUCGACCUCCAAUUCCUCUCUAUAUCUGGAGCGUCGGGGUUCUAUAGGAUUUGGGACACGGCAGGCAUUAGCCCAAGGUGGAGUAGAAGGUGCCCCUGGAAGCAUAGCACCCACAUGGCUGGUGCGUGGAGCCCUAGGCGUCCUUAAAUCUGCUGAUGAAGCUGGCGCGGCAGCAUGUAACAGAUAUGGAUGUUCAGCUCCACUUCUGCUCAGGCCUACAGAGAAUCUACUGCUAGCAGCAGAACCUCCGUGGUGGCAUUUUAUACUAGAAAAAGAUGUGGGCAUAUCCCUGGGCGCAGUAGUGUUAGUCAUCUCGUUUGUGGUGUCGACGGUGCUGGUGGUGAGAUUGAUCAGGAGGCCGCGCGGCAAGCCGCCUCCUGUCAUACAAGUGGUACAGUUGGAUGAUCUCACCAGGAACUACAUCGAUACUAUGGCAGAGAACAAAGUGCGCGCAUCGUGCAGCCUUCGUUCUUGCAGUAACGGAUACUCCGACGGGUCAGUGUUAGACGAAGUGGCGCCAGCUAUUGACCGCCGUCGGAAACCACCAGCUAUUUGGGAACAGUGGGACGCCCCUCCUCCUGAUGUCACGCUUACAUUACAUAGGGAGAGUGCCGUUUGAACUGAAUAAUUGUUUUAUGUGAUUCUCUCACAUAUUGUUAUUUAAAUAUUACCCAGUUGCGAUGAAAUAAUAUAGAAUAUCACAGCAUCCACUCAAGCAGAGGAAAAAAUAAGCCAUUUCUCAAUAGAAAAUUGAUUCAUAUAAGUUUGUACUUGUUUAAUUUUUCUUUUUUGUACAUCGAAUGUCAAUUACAAAAAGGAUAAUGAACGGACGAAUUUAUGUAAAUUAUAGAGACGACAUCCAUUACUUACUGAGUAGGUACCUCAAACUUAUUUUCAGUAUGUACUCGAAUAUGAAAUAAAAUACGAAUAGCGCCAUCUACUAUUUAUAAUCAGAACUUCUAAGCUGUAAUAAUGGUUUCUAUAGCAGUUUAUAGUUUCUGUAAAUUUAAAUUAACUUACCUAUUCGUUCUCAAGGUUUAUUUUGCGGGUCUUCAAAUAUUGUUUUGUGAAAUUAUUGAAUUAGAACUGUAUGUUUUUAUACAUAAUAUUUAAUUCAUUCUUAUUUGUUAUUAUUACAACUUGUUUCAACACAAUUCUUAUUUGGUGUUAUUGUUGUUGUCUUUACAAGUGAUAAACUGACAUUCACAAGAUGCAUUUCCGUACACGUAUUUAAUUAAAAUAUCGAUUAUAAUAAAUGACUCAAACAUUUUAAUUCAUAUUAAAUCUUUGUACAAAUUAAAAGUUACUGUUGAAAAUUCGCAUUUCACUAAAUUAAACUAUUUAAUUUCUAACGUAAAUACAAUUUUAAAUAAGUAAUGACUUCUUGAUAGAAAUUCGUUAUUUUUUUGAAUGAAUAAAGCGUUCAUUUUUUCUAGUUUUAAAGGGAAAUAAGCAUGCUUAGCUACCGAAUGUCAAUUGUCUAAUUAUUAUCAAUUUCUCUACCUACCUAGGUAGUGAUAACCAUGGAAAAUACCAAUUUAUAUUAUGUACAUUAGCAAAAUUUUAAAGGAGAAACGGACACCUAUAUAUGUUAAAUGGUCUAAAAAGAUUUUAUCAUUUAAAUUAUUAAAAUUUCACACCGAUAUUUAAUAUCAAUGAUGAAAUGAAAUUAUACUUUACAUUCUGUAAAAAUUCAGUAAAUGUAAAAAUAAUAAUAAAUAAUAUCAUUAUACCUAAUCUAUUGUUGAAUGUUGUAUAAAAUUUUAUGCGAUAUCGUUUCCUCUUGUCUACUGUUGGGUGCUGUUGUUUAAAGAAACAUUUGCCAAGUUUAUGUUUUAAAUGAAGAGACUUAAUUAAUAAUAAAGAACAUGUUUAUUAAUAUUAUAAGCUUACAGUAUAGUUUCUACAUAAGUUAAGUAUAAUUUAACAAUAAAUACUUAAAAUUA